CUCUUGAGAGACAGGUGGCGACCUCUCACCUCUCUCAGCGGCUCUCUUCACGCUCACAUUCGAGCUUCUCGGCGGCCGCGGAAGGGAGGAAUCAGUGACGGCGAACGACGAAGAGAGGGCGGGGGUAGAGACGGUGAGGAAUCGAGGGGAGGGGAGAUCGGAUUGGGAUUCUGGGUGUGGGUUUUGCGGGGUUAUUGAGAGAGAAUAAGAGGAGAUGAGGAAGGUUUUGCAAGGACGAACAUUGGAAUGGUGGACAGUGCUUACGUUGUUGGAAGAAACGAGAUUCUCGGUUGGAUCAAUGACCGUCUUCAUCUCAAUCACUCUCCCAUCGAAGAUAAUAGGAAGCAUAGAGUUGGUAAAUAUGAAGUGGGAAGAACAAUUGGGGAAGAAACUUUUGCUUAAGUCAAGUUUGCAAGAAACUCUGAAACUGGUGAACAUGUCGCUCUCAGGAUUCUUGAUAAAGACAAAGUCCUCAAGCAUAAGACGUCUGAACAAAAGAGAGAUAGCAAAUAUGAAGUUGAUAAAGCAUCCAAAUGUUGUUCAAUUAUAUGAGGUGAUGGCAAGCAAGACAAAAAAAUCUGAUUGUGAAGAUAAAAGACGGGAGGAUGAAAGAAGACAAGGCUCGAAGUUAUUUCCAACACCUUGUACAAGGCUCGAAACACAACACUAA